AUGCAACGUGUUAAUGUACCACCUUCUAACAUGCCUAUGAAUCAAAUGCAUAAUCGACCAGUUCAGUAUGUAAAUUCUCCACAACAACUUCCUUUUAUGGUUAGAAGGCAGGGUGGUGGUUUACCUCAACAACAACAACAACAACAGCCUAUGCAACAAAUGCAUCCCCAACAACAAGGUAAUAUGCAAAAUCAACAACAAAGUAGACAUCAAAUGAAUAUGAAACGGAAAAGAAAAUACUGUGAUAAAGUGUUGUCUGAUUCUAUACUUCAAGUUGUUCCUGAUGGUCAUAGUUAUAUGGAUCUCCUUGCUUAUGAGCAAAAAUUUGAUUCUCUUUUUAUGAAGAAAAGAACUGAAUAUCAAGAGUCAUUAAAACGUGUUUCUAAAAUAAAAAAAAAGCUUCGUAUAUUUAUUUCACACAAUUUUGUUGCUGGUGUUGAACCAAAAGAUGGUGAAAGUAAUGGAACUGCUCCAUAUUUUGAACUUCGUGUGGAGGGACGGCUUUUGGAUGAAGAUAAGAUUUCUGAUAAAUCUUCAACGACCACAUCUAAUAGUAAAACUAUUCCACCCCCUACACCAAAGAGAAAAUUUAGUACGUUUUUUAAGAAUCUCGUUAUUGAAUUGGAUCCUCAAAUAUAUGGCCCGGAUAAUCAUUUAGUUGAAUGGCAUCGUUCACCAACAACAUCAGAAACAGAUGGUUUUCAAGUUAAACGCCCAGGUGAUGGUGAUGUUAAAUGUAAGAUUUACCUUCAUUUGGACCAUUCUCCAGUCAAAUACAAAAUUCAUCCAAGACUUUCUAAACUUCUUGGUAUUUCUUUAGAAACAAGGCAAAAAGUUAUUGAGCAUUUUUAUCAUUACAUUAAAACAAAUAAUCUUCAAGAUCCAGUUAAUCGAGAUAGAAUAAAUUGUGACUUUUAUUUAAAACAACUAUUUCAAGUAGAAUAUUUUAAAACUGUUGAGUUGCCACAGCGUUUAAUAUCCUUUUUAUCAACUCCUGAUCCAAUUGUACUUUAUCAUACUAUUUCAAAAUCAGAAAAAAAUACUCAAUGUGUUGAUAUAGAAGUUGAAUUACAAGAUCCAACAAAAGGUAUGAUAUCAUCAUUCCUUCAAAAUUCAACAAACCAACCAGAAAUUAAUUCAUAUGAUGAGAAAAUUGCUGAUGCUAUAGAUCAAUUGAAUGAAAUAAAACUCCGUCGUGACUUUUUCCUUCGUUUUGCUGAUAAUCCUAAAGGACACAUUGAGAAAUGGUUAGUUUCUCAAAGUAAAGAUUUGGCUGUUUUGAAAGAUGAUGGUUUGUAUACAGAUUUAAAUGUUGACGAAACCGCUGAAUCAUAUUAUAAUCCACAAAUUAGUGAAGCUAUCUAUCGCUACACAUACAAUAAAAUAUUACUAAAACGUGGAGAACUUGAACAAGUACUUGGUGUUAAAAAUAAUUAA